AUGAAGCUCCUCGUAACGGUGGUCAGUUUGUUAGUGGCGCUGGCAGUAGUUUCUGCCGGGCACAAUAAAAGGGGGUGGGGUUCCCAUGUAGUGGCGUACGGGGGCGGUGGGGGUGGAGGCUGGGGCGGCUCGGGCGGCUCGGGCUGGGGUGGACGGCGGUCUGGAUGGAACGGUGGUGGUGGCGGGUGGAGUAAUGGCUACGGAUGGAACUCUGGUGGCUCCGGAUGGCGAGGCAAGUCUGGAUGGAGCGGCGGUUCUGGAUGGCAAGGGGGAUCUGGAUGGAAUGGCGGUUCCGGGUGGCAAGGACGAUCUGGAUGGGGUGGUGGUUCUGGAUGGCAAGGAAGUUCCGGGUGGAGCGGCGGUUCCGGCUGGGGAGGCUCCGGCUGGAAGGGAAAAUCUGGAUGGGGAGGAUGGUAA